AUGGCACCCUACAAGAAGAUCUGCGCGCACUUGGAGGUGGAGCAUGCCGCCCGUUGGGCUCCGGGCUGCCCGGAGAAGGCUGUAUCCAAACUGGGCCGGGACUUCCAGAGGCAUUCGAUCUCAGUCUCCGACGACGACUCGGGCUGCGCCUCCGAGGAAUACACUUGGGUUCCGCCGGGCCUUCACCCGGAGCAGGUGUACCAGUAUUUUAGCAGCUUGCCGGAGGACAGGGUGCCAUACGUCAACAGCGCAGGAGAACGAUACAGACUCAAACAGCUACUGCACCAGCUUCCCGCUCAUGACAGCGAGCCCGACUACUGCGGCUCGUUAAACGAGGACGAGAAGCGGGAGUUGCGUUCGUUCAGCCAGCGGCGGAAACGAGACAACGUGGGCCGAGGCGUGGUCAGGCUCCUCCCCAUCGCCGGAGCGCUCUGCAAACAGUGUGGCCGAAAAAUUGGUGGCGGCGAGGUGGCGGUGUUCGCUAGCCGCGCAGGAAGCGGCGCUUGCUGGCACCCGCGCUGCUUCCGCUGCGAGCGCUGUGACGAGCUGCUGGUGGACCUCAUCUACUUCUACCAGGACGGCCGCGUGUACUGUGGCCGGCAUCACGCCGAGAGGCUCAAGCCUCGCUGUCAGGCCUGCGACGAGAUCAUCUUUGCGGACGAAUGCACGGAGGCCGAAGGGAGGUUCUGGCACCUAAAGCACUUCAGCUGUUGCCAGUGCCAAGCGGCGCUGGGAGGCCAGCACUACGUCAUGAGAGCGUGCCGACCCUACUGCCGAUCCUGCUACCGAUUCCGAUACGCCCAGUGCUGCGACGCCUGCGGGGAAACCAUAGGGGUCGGUGAGAGCCAGAUGACAUACGAGGGAGGACGCUGGCACGCCGAUGACCUGUGCUUCUGUUGCGCCCGAUGCCGACUGCCUCUGUCGGGUCGGCCCUUCCUGCCCCGACGAGGGCUCCUCUUCUGCUCCGGGGCCUGCUCGCUUGUGGACCGCCCCGACGGCGCCCGCUCCUGGCGCCUCUCGUCGCCGUGUGCUUCUCCCUCGCGGCCCGCGGAGGGCGCCGAACGAUGUUGUGACAUGGAGGCAAGUGGAGACUCUCCUCUGCUCGGCAAUGCGCGCUCCCGGUCUCCUGUCCCCAACAUCAGGGGAGGGAACGGCCCCGGGCCCCCAGACCUUCCACGUCCGGGGGACGACGGCCUUUCGGAAGGAAAUUCCGGACCUGGACUGGCUAGCGUGUCUUCAAGGGGAACCUCCACCAAUCAGGACGUCGAGCAAAACGAUCGUCCCCUGAAAGACGACAUUUCGCCUGACGCACCUCCGCUUCCCGUCAAGUCUCGCCACCCGUCCGCUCCCACAACCCCGCCGCCGCCAACGUUUGAAAACGCGCCCCCUGAGUCCCCGCCCCCUUUGAGAAGUGGCCCGGCGAGGGUCAGCUUCCGAGAGCCCAUAAGCAGCAGCUACUCUGCGGACGAGGAAAGCCAAGACGACGAGCGCACGGCGGACGCCGAGGAGAAUCUGAGCCCGUGCGAGAGAGAGCGACGGGACUCGGGUUCCUCGUGCUCCACGUGUUCAUCUUCCUCCGAUUCGGAGCCAGAGGGCUACUUCCUGGGGCGGCCGAUACCGCCGCCGCUCCAAAAACGGAAAGAAGACGAAGAGCCUUCCAGAAAGAGUUUGAGGGACAGCUUCAGGCGAAGGCGUGCUGGCGACGCCAAGGACAAAGAUCCAAACUGCUCGCUUUCUUGA